CGAGUUCCUUCCGAAUUCAUCUGACGAAUCAACCCGUUGUCAAUUAACACUCAGAAAUUUUUUUCCACAGAUUUUUUUUGGAUGUACAGUGCACUUGAUUGUUAUUCAAGCUGGGAUAAAUAUGGCUUACGGUACAAUUUUGCACGAUGGAUUAAAAAAGGACUUCUUUUUAUCAGUAGACGAAAUAUCUUGGAUAGCUAGUUUAGUUACUAUAUCCUUGCCUCUUGGGUCAAUUAUUGCUGGACCAUUGAUGGAUAUGUAUGGCCGUAAAAAAAUUUGUAUAGCCUCUUGCAUACCAAGUUUACUAUCGUGGAUAAUCUUAAUCAGAGCACCAUCAUUGGAUCUAAUUUAUACAGCUCGAAUAGUCAGUGGUAUAUCUGGAGGAUUAUCAACAGUUGGCCUAGUUUAUAUAUCAGAAAUAGCACAUCCACAAAUCAGGCCAAUGCUGUUGUGUUUCAAUUCUAUAUUUGUAUCUUUUGGCAUUUUGAUAACUUAUUGCUUUGGAGUGUGGCUAACCUGGAAACAAAUGGCAAUAUUUUUUAUGAUACUUAACAUAUUUAUUAUAUUUCUAUUGUUAUUUAUUCCUGAAAGUCCCUACUGGAUUAUGUGUUUUAAUAAUAUAGAUUUAAAUGAAAAGUUAAAUAUCUUAGAAAAUGUACUACGACGUUUAAACAAGUCUAAAGAUAUGUAUGAGCAAGAAUAUAAAAGAAUUAUUGAAGCAACACGAAGUCACAAAAGAAAUUAUAAAGGAAAUAAUAAUCUUUCGGCUAAAUGUUUGAACUUUUUUAAACAGUUACUACUUCCAACUGUUUAUAAGCCCACUCUUAUUUUAUUCAUACUAUUUUUACUGCAACAGUUGACUGGAAUUUAUAUUAUUGUAUUUUACGCUCUUUCAGUAUUUGAAAGCAUGGAAAAGUUAGGAAAAAUCAACAAAUACGGUGCAGUCGUAAUUCUAGGCUUUAUACGAUUUUUUAUGAGUAUUAUCACAUCUUUUUGUAGUAAAAAGUUUGGAAGACGCGCACUUUGUCUUGCCAGUACCUUAGGAAUGGCUAUUUCUAUGUUUUUUUCAGCAAUGUAUGUUUUUCUGAUUUCGUUUUAUAACAAAAACGAAAUCGUCACUGAAGUUAUAGCUAAACAAAAAUGGUUUCCACUGAUAAAUGUAUUUUUUUAUAUGUGCUCAAGCUGUUUCGGAUUUGUAAUUAUUCCUUGGACAUUGAUAGGUGAAAUCUUACCAAUAUUUGUAAGAGGAAUAAUAAGUGGAGCUAUGGUGUCUAUCGCUUACUUAAUGAUGUUUGGAAUGAUUAAAGGAUUCCCGUACUUGGAAAUCAGAUUAGGAAUGCAUAAUUUAUUUCUAUUUUUUAGUAUUACCUCAUUUAUAAGUGCUGCUUUUGUUUAUAUUUUUGUACCAGAAACUUUAGGAAAGUCUUUUUUAGACAUAGAAAAACAUUUUAAAAACAGCCAAAGAUCCAAGAUGCCUUCCGUCACGGCUGAUAGCUAAACAUUUUUUAAUGGCUGAAAAAUGUUUUAAUAAUGAUUACUGACAAAGAGGCGACUUUCAAAAUGAUUUACAUAAAACCUAUAAAGACAGUCCAGAAAAAAAUUGAGGUUUUCUACCUU